CUAGCGGAAGUCCUGGUUCACACGCCACGCGGAGAGGAUCCUGGGGGCCGGAAGGAGGUGGAAACCGUAGCCGACCGGUUCAUCUGUACGCUCUGCCGGGAGUAGAGCGCGUGGCGGUUCCCGGAGGCGUGUUGCUGGAGCGCGUGGCUCGUGCGCGGAGGUCAAAGGUGGCCAAAAGCCGGACGUCGGUGUAGAACUUGAGAUCGUGAGUUAUGGUGGGGAGGUCGCGGCGGCGCGGAGCGGCCAAGUGGGCCGCUAUGCGAGCCAAGGCAGGUCCCGGCCCAGCGGACGACAAUGAAGACGACUCAGAAUUGCCACCCUCUCCAGGGGACUCCAGCUACUAUCAAGAUAAGGUAGAUGAUUUCCAUGAGGCCCGAUCGCGCGCCGUCUUGUCUAAAGGCUGGAGCGAAAUGGAGAGUGGGGACGAGGAGGAGGAUGGCGAUGAGGAGGAGGAGGUUCUGGCCCUAGAUAUUGCUGAUGAGGACGAUGAAGAUGGAGAGAGUGCGGGGGAUGAAGAUGAGGAUGACGAUGAUGGUGGGAGCUCCCUGCAGAGUGAGGCCGAGGCAUCUGUGGAUCCCAGUUUGUCGUGGGGUCAGAGGAAAAAACUUUACUAUGAUACAGACUACGGUUCCAAGCCCCGAAAACGACAAAGUCAACAAGAAGUGGAGGAGGAGGAAAAAGAGGAGGAAGAGGAAGCCCAGCUCAUUCAGCGGCGCCUUGCCCAAGGCCUGCAAGAGGAUGAUUUUGGGGUGACCUGGGUAGAGGCCUUUGCAAAACCUGCACCUCAGGAAGAUGAGGCCGAGACCCGGGUCGUGAAGGAUCUGGCGAAAGUUUCAGUGAAAGAGAAGCUGAAGAUGCUGCGGAAAGAAUCACCAGAGCUCUUGGAACUGAUAGAAGACCUGAAAGUUAAGUUGACAGAGGUGAAGGAUGAGCUGGAGCCGCUGCUACAGUUGGUGGAGCAAGGGAUCAUUCCAUCUGGAAAAGGAAGCCAGUACUUGAGGACCAAGUACAAUCUCUAUUUGAACUACUGCUCCAACAUCAGUUUUUACUUGAUCCUGAAAGCCAGGAGAGUCCCUGCACAUGGACAUCCUGUCAUAGAAAGGCUUGUUACCUACCGAAAUUUGAUCAACAAGUUGUCCGUUGUAGAUCAGAAGCUGUCUUCUGAAAUUCGUCAUCUCCUCUCAUUUAAGGAUGGUGCUGGAAAAAAAGAACUAAAUUUAAAAGCCAAACCCACCAAGGCCAAGCCAAAAUCUGUUUCAGAGACUGUUGCUGCUGCCUCUGCUGUUACAGGUAUUUCUGAUGAUUCUGAUUUUGAUGAAGAAGCUGCACUGAAAUACUAUAAAGAAACAGAAGAUAAGCAAAAGUUGAAGAGAAAGAAAGAUAAUGUCGAAGAACAGACUCUUGAAGAUCAAAAUGCAAAGAGAGCCAUUACCUAUCAGAUUGCUAAAAAUAGGGGACUUACACCUAGGAGAAAGAAGAUUGACCGGAAUCCAAGAGUUAAACACCGCGAGAAGUUCAGAAGAGCCAAAAUUCGCAGAAGAGGCCAGGUUCGUGAAGUUCGUAGAGAAGAGCAACGUUAUACUGGUGAACUCUCUGGCAUUCGUGCAGGAGUUAAAAAGAGCAUUAAGCUUAAAUAAAAUUUUCACCUAGCUUAAGUUUUUUUGGCAGUAAUUUUAGAUCAAUAAAUUUUUAUUUUUAACUGAA